ACUUGCUCUGUAGUAGUUGCACUUGGUGAUACAAUAUUUGCAGCAGGGGUUUCACCUCGAGUCGUUACAACCGUUGGUGGAACCACAGCGGGUAUCGAGAAGUAUGGUUCUUCAACCAUCGGAAUCGGGACAUACGUCCUCUUUCCUGAAGGUCAACCUCUCUGAGUACCUUACUCCCCUUGAUCAUGUCAUCUUCUAGGAAAAUGGCAUGUCUGGUUUCUAUAAACUUGGUUUGUCUGCCUGGGCAGUAGAAUCUGUAACACUUCGAUCUCUCAGGAUAGCCAAUAAAAUGGUAGCUAGUGGUUCUCUCAUCUAGCUUUUCCUGUCCAGGAUUAAAUAUUCGAGCUUCUGCUGGACAACCCCAUAUGUUGAAGUAGUUGAGCGUGGGCUAUCUGCCAGUCAACAACUCAUAUGGAGUUUUAGCCACUGAUUUACUAGGAACUCUAUUUAGUAUAUGCAUGGUGGUUUUUAAAGCCUCCAUCCAUAGACCCAAUGGUAAGUUAAAGUAACUAAGCAUACUCAUUACCAUGUCCAUCAGUGUUCUUCUUACACCUUUAGGCAACCACAUUCUGCAUCGGUUCACCAGGUGUUGAAUACUGAGCUACAAUACUGUUUUCACUUAUGAACCUUGCGAAAGGAUCCUGGGACCUGUCCAUACUCAGUAUGGUGCCCUCAGUACUCCCCCACACGAUUUGAUAUGACAAUCUUUGUGUUCAAAUCGUGUUGUUUUUCUACAUCAGCAUCGAACUAUUUAAACUUGUCUAAAUCUUAUGAUCUGUCCCUUAAAAAAAGGGUAAAUAUAAUCGUAGCGAGAGUAGUCAUGUGUGAAGGUUAUGAACAAGUCAAAACCCAUCUACUGUCCUAACUGGAAAAGGACCACAUAUAUCUAUAUGAAUAAUUUCUAACACUCUCGUACUGUGCAUGCAAUCUUUGCAUUGCACUAAGUCUGUCAAGUCUAGGUGAUGGAGAAUCUGUCCCUUAACGAGACUUCUUUUCUCCCCCUCGAAAUAUGGCCCAAACGAUAGUGCCAUAAUUCCGACGAGGUUUCUCCAUCACAUUGUUUUCUUACUCCUGCCGAUGUUGGCUAGUUUGUUUUCUGGUGUAUCUAGCACCACUGUGCGAAGAUAAAUAAAGCAUGUCUCGUCAGAUGGCGAGACCAACAUCUUUAUUAUCAAAACUGAAUAACACACAGUCUCUGUCACCGAAGUGAUAGUGGAUGUGCUGAUUGUCUAAUCACGAAACUGAAGUUAAGUGUCUGCUUGCUUUCUGUUAACCACUGUAACUGUUUUCAGCCCUCUAGGAGCCUUAGGUUUGUACGGAAUUGCAUUCUGUAGCUUCUAUUGCAGGAAUUCUGGACACUUUCUAUUGUAUGCCCUGUCUUCUUGCAAUAGAGGCAGGUCUCAGGGGAUCUGAGAAACAGUCUGAUUGUUGCAUGUAGAAAACAUCGUGAUCAUGUUUGAUCUUAUUCUUGAACCUUUCUUAGAGGUCUUGUUCUGUCUGAGUAUUCUUAGUUUGGGAAGAUUGAUAGAAUCACUUAUCUGACUUAUCAACCUUUCCUCCUUCUAGACACACUGUGUCAUGAGUUGAUCUAUAUAACACUUGUCCAUUUAGACAUGUGCUUUACUGAUCAUGAAAUGUCUCAUAUUCUGGAAUAGCACCCUCAAUAGGAUCCUGAAUGAAACUCUUAUUAUGCUCAAGUACAUUACACUUGGAUCUUUUCCAGUUGACCUUAUAGAUGCUGUACUGCACCAUCUUAAGGUCAUCCUAAGGUGAGCCUACUGUAGGCUUAAUGGGUUUCUCAAACCACAGUGAGGAAUCUAUUUCAUCCACUGUAGUUAUCAUUUCAAUCUUUUCCCGCCAUAAGUGACAAUAAAUACCACAUAGCGGUUUAAUCUACCUUAUCUGACCAACUAGUAGGCCAAAAUGUGCACUUUUGCAGAGUAAAACAGAAAAUAUUUAGGACUUGCAUGAAUACUGAAAACAUAGAACUUGCAUGAAUUAAAUAUUCGACGUUGGUCAAAUAAUAAUCAUGUCUGAUCUACAAAUUUUCUAGUUCUAAAAUUCUAAACCAUCGUUGGAUGAUCUAGAAAACUUAAUUCUUGUAUAAAAUGUGGCAACAAUAUUCGACGUUGGUCAAAAUAUUCAAUCACCACAAAAAAUCUGAAUUUCUAUGCGCUUAAAGAGAAUUAAUCCACGUAGGCUUCAUAAUAAACAAUAAUGCAUAGAAAAACAAAUAAUAAUCUAGUUCUUAAAAUUCUAAAUCAUCGUUGGAUGAUCUAGAAAAAAAUAUAUAAAUAUUUCUGUUCAAAAUGUGGUAAUAAUAUCUAACGUUGGUUAGAAUAUUCAAUUAUCACAAAUUUUCUGAAUUCUAUGCAAUUCAAAAACAAUAAUUAAUUCACGUUGGUUUCAUAAUCCACUGAAAAAUUGCAUAAAUAAAGUACCAAAGUACGCAGCGGAAAAUAGUCCAUAAAUAUCUCUGUAUUUUCUAUAACUGAGAAAAUAUUUCUCAGAUUUUCUGAAUUUUUCUUCACUAUUUCUAAUUUCUAUUUAGUGUUUCUAUUCCAGGAAAUAAAUAAAUAAAAUUUAAUUCGCUGGAAAUUAAAUUUGCCAAAAUGGCCUAACUGGCCUAACGACCUAGCUCUGUGUGGCCCAUGCCUGGCCACUGUGGCAUGGCCUCCAACGCCUAGGAGCCUGGCCGCCAGGCAGCCCACACAGGCGAGGCGCGCCAGGCCGCAACCUGGGCCUAGGCCACCAAACCGGCCCAUGCGCCCCCCCCCUUCAAUCCCGCCUCAAUCCUGAUCAUCCGUGGGCAUCCGACGGUUCCAGAUCAACACGGGUACUGUAGGCUGUCUAUAAGGGGCGGAGAUUUCGGGCUAACUGAAACCCUAGCUAUUUCCUGUAUUCUCUUCCUGCCGGCCGCUAGAGAGAUUGGCAUCGCACUGCUCUCUGUGUUUGGCCGCUCUAUGUUUGGCGGAGUCCCUUUCGUUUCUGUCGGCUUCGUCUGUUUCUGUACGCCGCCUGUGAGCUUUCUUUGGCCGCCGUUCUACUUUCCCUCUUCUCCCUCUCUGUUUUUUUUUUUUAAUUUCACCUGCCGCACUACUACUCGGCCGCCAGGGAGAACCUGACAACCGGUCAUUGGUUUCUCAAUGUCCUCUCUUUGCUAUAAUUAUUUUUUUCUUUCAGCCGUACAAGAACAGCUUCCUGUUUAUCGAUCUGUCUCUCUGCACUGAAAACACGGGCCCCGCAGACCUCGCCGCCAACGAGCACAUCCCUUUGGGCGGGCGAGCUGCUGUCUGCUGGGAGCUGACGGUGGUCCGAGCACGACAGGUCGGGUGUGUGUAAGAUCAGUCGGUCUCUUGACCGUCUUCGACUUUUAAAACUCGUAUCUAGUCCUCAUUUACCCGAAUCCCUCGUUGUGUAAUGAAUGUAUGGAUCUAAUGUAAUAUUCGGGAUCGAGUUAUGAGUUGAUAGAACGUAGAUUUUUCUGUGAUAAUUUUCUGUACCUUUACUAAUCUGUUCUGUCAUCAAGGCCGUGGAUGCAAAAGAUCCCGAGCCACUGUGAUCUCUGUUGACAUAUAUUUAAAACUCAUUUUGGGUUAGGUUAUUAAACCCUAACCCUAAAAACAUCGAUCUGUUUUUUACUAUCUCGGAUUUCUUGGGUUUGGUCGAGACAGUCUCUGACAGUGGCCAAAAACCUAACUCGAGAUCUAAAAUUAUUUCAGUCUAUUCUAAUCUUUCUGUUCUCGGGUGAUCGAUGAUAAUAAAAAAAAAAUGAGUCGAUCACAUAGAUCUGAGACCUUUAUGUGAUCUCAUAAAACCGAAUGCGGAUUAGGAGAUCUAGGGUUCUUAGGACGGCUCUGAUACCAUUGUUAGAAUCUAUACUGUCUAGGAUCGAUUCCUAAGUCCCUAGAAUAUCAAUCCGUAACUGAAAGUAAAACCUUGAUAACGUGUAGAUCUGAUCUACUGAUCUAUUGAGAGGAACGGGGAAAUACACCUUUGUUGUUGUUGCUAUCUUCAUACUGUCGCCCUGCAGAGAAGCAGCAGGCAUCGGGAUCCGAGCCGCUGUAGGUUGUCGCGUUUCCAAACACUUCGACGCCUAGGUGAUGGGUGCCUCUGAGGACUAGGGUUUUGAGACGAGGUACUAGCGUUAGUUUUUCCUGCGACCCCUUAGUCCUAUAUAUAACGUCGUGUGUGUGGGGGCUCCAACCGUGGUUAGUGUGGGCCCUCCCGAUCAAGGGCCCGAUUAAAGGAACGAUAGUUGGGUUAAGCCCAAUCCAGUCUCUAUUGACCGGCUGUAGAGGACACACCCAACAGUUAGAUCUACACAGCAAAAAUAUAAUUUGGUAUGCUUUAGUACAAAAUUUAUGUUCAUUAUGUAGACCUUAACAAUAUUGGGGUUUCUAUUUUAUGAUUUUUUAAUGAUUUGUUAUGGUUUUUUAAAUAUUGAGCAGAAAUAAAUAAAUAAAGACGAGUGGAUAUUUAUGUCUAGUUUUAUAGUUAAGAAAGAAAAAGAUUGACUUUAACUUUUGCGAUAGUUAAGCGAUUGAAAUAGACAUUCCUUCGCACAACGACACAAGCACAACCCUCACUUCGUAGAUCUUGAACUGUCUCCAACAGCUAUUCUAUUUCAUCAUCUAUUUCAAAUUUCACUUUGUAAACAGUAUAAUCUACAAUAUAAAUCCCCUAUUUUACAUGAUCUGUUGCGGACAGUCUUUUAUGCUUGAGUUUUGGGCCUUGCAAUUUCGAACUUUUGGCCUAGUUUUCCUAGUACAAAAUUGAAAGCCCGAACCAUGGACGAUGAUCUCACUGUAGUAGCGUGCUAAAAACUUGUAGUGUGAACAUAUCCGGUGUAAACUAAUCUAUUAGUGGAAAGAGGACCGAGCCUUAGCUUAGUUGGUAGGCCUGGUUGUUUGGUUCUUUGGUUCGGUUUAGUUGGUAGGCGUAGGGAAAAUAAUCCGAAACCAAGAAAUCGAACCGAAAUAACUAGAACCAAAACCGAACUAACCGAAACCGAUUUGACCGUUAACAAAUUUGGUUCCUAUUUCGAAAAAACCAAAAUAACCAGUCGAAAACCAAAAUAACCAGUCAAAAAUCGUCCAACCAGUCGCCAUAGCCAGCCCGACGGCCUUUCGAUUUUUCCGGUCGGUCCCUUCCUAGUGUGUAAUGGACGCGCACGCGUGUGUACGCAUAUGGUGUAAUGUGUAGCAGUAUGAGUUUGUGGCGUCCUUGUACCCUCUCAAAAAAACUAUUAGUGAAAACCGUGUAAAUCAACACAAGAAUAAGAUUCUCUUUGAUAGGACUUUUUUAAAGGCUUCUCUAAUAACUCUUUCAAAUAAUCUACCAAAUGAAGGGCUCACCUGUUGGCUUCUCCAUAACAAUGGAAAAAAGAGCUGCCCCUAGGAACCAAGCGAAGCCAGGAGCCCAAAAAAGAGGCUUCUUUAACUCUUCCUCUUACGUGAAAAUAGGAGAGGUGUUUCUAAUCAAGUAUGGUGAUCCUGCUGAGUCUCUUUUUACACAUAAAGAGGGAACUGUUUUAUUAGAAAAGUUAGAGUCAAAGCUGAAGCUCUUAUGCAAGAGGUCUAACAAAAAGGAGGUGAGAGGAAUUUUUAAAAAAUAUCAAUUUCCAAAUCAACUCUUCUACCUUCUAUAUUCUAUAUAUUAAAAAAAUUAUGUUAUUCCACCACCUUCAUCCUUGUGUAACUUGUAGCUACCGUCGUACAAGUUGUUUCCAUUUUCCAGAGACGCGAUAGCCGCUAGGAAGCCUAGGAUACCGGAUUUCCCUGGUCCGGGGGUUCCGAUUCCCGGCGAAGGAAACGAAACGAGGCGGCGGAAGGCCCGGCCUCGAGGAAAGGCGCACGCAUGCGAUGCAACAAGCACAUGCGCCGCCGUGGUCCGGGAGCGGGAGGGCGGGGAGCAGGGCUGGCAUUUUCAGUUUCACCACGCAAAGCGAUUCGAGCCGGUGGCGAUCUGGUCGGGCGAGGGCGCGACCCGCCUGCCUUGGACGCCACGUCCAAGCUAGGCACCCGAUGCGGUGCCAUCGUCCUCCGGGCACGUCUCAUGGUCACCGUCGUCGUCACACGGCCGGUAUAAAGCCCCCAAAACAAUAGGCUUCCCCGUUGCACUUGCAUCCCCUACUGAAUCUAGCUACGUACCAUCUCUUUCGAAUCGCGAUCAAGUUUAUUUGGUGCGGGGUCGGAACAGGAAGAUGGGUAAAACAUGGGCGCUCAUCACCCACCUCCACGCUCUCGCAGGGCCGAGUCUCACUCUGAUAUACCCUCUGUACGCGUCGAUCUGCGCGAUGGAGAGCGCGACCAGGGUGGACGACGAGCAGUGGCUGGCCUACUGGAUAAUCUACUCCUUCAUCACCCUCUUCGAAAUGGCGGCCGAGCAUGUCCUCUACUGGAUACCGCUGCGGUACGAGGCGAAGCUGCUGCUGGCGGCGUGGCUGGUCCUGCCGCACUUCAGGGGCGCGUCCUUCAUCUACGACAGGUUCGUCAGGGAGCAGCUGAGGAAGAACGGGGUGAGUCUGCGCGGUCACCACCACGGCCACGCCGCCGACCACGUGCCGCACGUCUUCCAGGCUGAGCAUCGUCAUGGCGUGCACAGCUGAGAGCCCCGAGAAUCUACACGCCGUGGUUCUUCCGAGAAGAAAACUGAACUGCGCCAACGCGGUUCGUUGUCUGCCGUCACCUGAACUGCGCAGGACGGCCGCGCGAUCCGUUUCUCGGUCGUAAGCUACCAUCUCGAGAGAGCACUUGACUUGGACAUCGUCACUCCACUAGGCUCGUCCUAAUUCACAUGGGCCUGAUUCUUCAGCUGGAGGAGUUCCUUUGUAACGAAUAAAUUUCAGCAGAGAUGAUUGCGUAACUGUGUAUUGCUUAUUGCUGAAACAUUCCGAAUAUUGGAUUGCUUGUGCACUGACAGGUGACAGGCUCGUAUGUGUAUAUGCAUGGUUUGUUUGGAUAUGAUCCCCGCCCAGCGGUAAUAAAGAAAGAUGGAAACAAGAUAUUACAAUCAA